UCGCGAUCGUGAUACGGUGCAGUACGCCUGGAUUCUAUGCCCGCCCGCAACCAGUGAGGCUUCGCCAAGUCCUUCCUUCUAGUUCUCGGGUUCCCAAGUUCCAUCAGUCAUGAUGUAAAAGCUGCCUUAACCACGACUUGCUCUCAGACUCCAACCCUUGCACCUCCUUAGAACUUCACACUGGAUCCAUACAUCGAACCGCAAGUUCUAUCGUCCGAUAGGGACCACAGCGACUGGUUGAGACUGCAGGGUGGGAUAGAGGCUGCUCCGACAGAAUCACCGCCAAACUAUGAAGAGGCGAGGAUACCAGUUGACCCAGUCAACUACACACUUUCACCGCAAGGGUACAACACGAUGCUGGUUCUACCGCCGCCAGGUUUCCCUGACUCGCGUCCCGUGUACACGAUCUCUGUCUCCCUCAAUUGCUUGAAUCCAUCCUCCUUUAUUACUACGAUUCACAAGAGCGCCGGCCUCCACGUUGCAGCCGAGUUCGAAAUGGGGAAAUCGGCGAUCCCUAGCACGGUCUGUGUGGGUGCAGUGCAAAAGAAGAUCAAAGAUGCUAUCUAUGGCAAAAGUCGGAUGAACAGAUGGGUUUGGAAGUUCCGACCAGACCGUUCGCAACAUCUUCGGUGGGAACUGGUCGACGAAGUUACAGGAUUAUUCAAUUGUUAUAUGGCCUCGGAGAAAUUCCCGUCACCCUACCAUGCGAAGAUAGCUCAAUUCAAAGGCGCUUCCCUGAAGCCACAGGGAACCGAACCCACACCUCUCUCUAAACUACGGAUAUACCCGGUCGGUCAAGCAUUGUUUGACGAUAUUCUGCUCUCCAUCUUGAUAAUCGAGCGGCGGCGGCUUUCCCCGGGACAACUCAACGAGGCGUCCUCUGACUGGUAAAUGCAAUACAAUUCACUAUCACCAAAACAAAAAUGAUAAAAUCACCGAAUCGUUUCAAACAUUUUGAAUUGUGGAUGCUUGAAGGGGAAUGGAUCCUCGUCAGUGCCCCCGUCACUUUCAGAGGAUCAGUAGGACGCCCGUCAAGCGAGAAGGACGUACUCGACAGGGCCGAGGACUCGCAGGCCGCGAACAUGCGUGUCUUUUCCACCCAUGUGAUUGGCGACGACGAUUAUCUGCAACAAAUACGCAUAGACCGGCUUCCUAGAUGAACCAUCAGUCCAUGAGCCUGACACUGUCUGAGAGUCCCGCACAGCCCAUCCCCGUCCUCGUUAGGCUCUGAAGAAACGUCGAAUGUGAUCCACCCGUCCGGUCGCUCGAAUGUGAUCAUCCUGACAUCCUGGAGGUCGCUAUAGCCUGUGCCUGCUCUUAUUGCAAGGGCGGAAGGCGUGUACGAGUCGUCUUGUGGAUGGCUUAGAUAUAUACAAAGCUUCUGGAAACAAUGUAUCAGAAAGACCAAGAGCGUGCAAUUCAGUCCCCUGCGCACCUGGAUGGCAACUUUUCGGGGAAACUCGAUGGUCACAAAAUGCGGUUGUGGUCCGUCCGAGCUGAGAGGCAUGUGCUCACAGCGAAUCAGCAAAGAGAUCGAGCCACCACGCACUGCCAAAACGUUUCCGGGUCUCCGUCACAGAGACAUUCGGCCCCGAAUCCGAAUUUGUAGGACGACACAGACCACUUGGCGCGCGAAGAGAUGUCAGGCCAGGGCAGGUUUGGCGGUGUCUUGUUCGCUGACAGAGGCUGAUUCGACGCGUUUCAGCAGAGAUCGUUGACAGACCGGAAGGCAUUACUUCUGCACGGCCUUCUACCGUCGCCAUUCUGGUGCGGGGUGGUGGUGGUUCGAUGACGAAGGUUUGAGGUUUAGAGCGGCAGACAGAGUGGCGAGGCGCGUGACCGCGAUGAUCUAUGAAAUGCGCAUGCGGAUCAUCAAACUUCACCGCAAGAACUGUCAACCGAUCUCUUCUGCACCGAUUGUCUAUAACUUGCAGUUUUCACAUCGCCACAUGAAUGCCCAACUCACUUCAGAGGAAUACCCACGCUAUGGUCGUCAAAUGAUACUCGAUGGAUUUGGUCUUCCCGGCCAACUCAAACUAAAAAACGCGUCUGUGGCCGUGGUCGGAGCUGGAGGCUUGGGGUGCCCUGCCAUCCAGUAUCUGGCCGCAGCUGGUGUGGGCCGCAUAUGUGUGAUCGACCACGACGUAGUAGAAGUGUCCAAUCUCCAACGGCAGAUCCUCCACGAUGAUUCCACCGUUGGCAUCCACAAGUCAGAGUCAGCCGCUCGAGCCAUCGCAAGGAUCAAUCCGAACGUUGUGGCCGAAGCAGUGUGCGUUGGCCUCCUACCCGACAACGCGGCAGACAUCCUUCGACCGCACGAUGUGAUUCUGGACUGUACAGACAAUGCAGCCACACGCUAUCUCUUAUCAGACGUCGCAGUCGCGCUCAAGAAGCCACUCGUUAGUGGAGCGGCUCAAAAGUACGAGGGCCAAUUGUCUAUUUAUAACCUCGGUGCAGAUGGCCCUUGCUAUCGAUGCAUCUUCCCUCGACCUCCAGCUCCUGGGCUUGUCGGAAGUUGCGAAGAGAUGGGCAUUCUCGGAGUCGUGACCGGGGUGAUUGGCAAUCUGCAAGCUCUCGAAACUAUCAAGUUGUUAACUGGCAUGCACGGUGCGCCGGUUUCCUUCCCCUGUAUGGUCUAUGCGAGCCUGAACCCAGAUAUGAAGCCAUCCAUGGUCCUUUUUUCUGCGCUCGGAUCAGCCCAAUUCCGAAGCAUCAAGAUGCGGUCUCGCAAGCCGAACUGUCCAGCGUGCGGCACGGCUGAGGAGAAGAUCGGACAAAUUCGUGAGAUUGAUUAUGUCCAAUUCUGUGGUGUGAUUGAUGAUCUGUUGAUCAGCGAGGCCUCCAAGACAACUGUUCCUCAGGACUUUGCCCAACUUCUGUCCUCAGGCGGUGAUAUAACGGUCGUCGACGUGAGAUCGCCGACAGAGUUUGGGAUAUGUUCUCUGCCUGGGUCUAAAAAUAUCCCGUUGACGGAGCUGCUCGCCAGCCCCCCAGAGUCGUUGACCGCUGAGGACAGCAUCUACUUUGUCUGUCGACUGGGGAAUGACUCUCAGCUUGCUGCAAGCAGCAUCAGAGAACACGUCAAGCCUGGUGCAAUAGUGAAAGACGUCACCAUCAAAGAUUUGAAGUUCAGAGCAUCAGAGAUCGUCAAACUAACGGUUCCCUUCGUGGAUCCUCGCUUGAACGGCGGUUCAAUGUUGACCCUCCAAAACGAACCUCUGAAUAUCAUUGUCUCCGCCGCCAGCAGCCCGGACGCGCUCAGUCCUCGCGGAAUCCUCAACUUCGGAAACGCGCUGGGCUAUGGGGACGACUGCCUGCAUAUUCAUCUCGGGGGGCCGCAAGCAGCCAAUCUGGGCGAUGGAAACAACUGGGUCAAUCAGACGCAGAUUAUGAGACGCUGGUCGGCGGGAACCACUACCGGUGACACACUUCUGUCCAAGACUGGCCGCCGGAUCGCUUACAUGUCCCACAGCGCGUUCAUUCAAAACGGCACGGGGGCUGACACCGGGGCCCUGUUCUUGGCAGCAUCGAAAGAAGAACCAAUUGCACAAGGCCACAAUAUCAUCCCUGACGGGUACGACAUUGGCCGGGACCAAGUCGUCUCUGCAGCCACAGCCGGUGUGGUCUCGUUCGACGGGGUCCAGUAUACCGUCAGUACCUCAACGCGCGCGCCUAGAAUCCGACUGAGCGUAAUUCAGACGACUGCAGAAUACGUGACAGGCCUGCUUCCCGUCGGUGCUGCCGGGAUCAACCACAAUAUCUCAAUCGAUGGCCGGGUGGCUGUGAUGACCAUUGAAGCGAGCGUGAUUGGUUCUGAUUUGAACUGCAAAGGAUCAUCCCUGUGCUCGAUUCUCUCUGCCUCAGACUGCUCUGCCGCUCAAGCCAAAAUCAACAACUCGACAAUCUACCGCACAGAUGGAACCGCCGCUCUGACCGGAGUCUGCUCUGGCCACUGCGGCAUUUUCGUACAAGGAACGGACUGCAGAUAUUAUGGGGACACCAUGCUUCAAGCUGUCGCCGCGCUGCACGGAAACAGCUGCCAGAAAUGUGGCUCGAAACGAUUUGCAGAUGGCUGCGAAAUCACCAUCAACUACGUCUCGUCCUGUUGA